AUGAUCCUCUUCGCCGAUUAUGCCUGGAUGUUGCACAUGCAUAGAAGACUGCCACCUGGUCCUGUACCUCUGCCCCUAGUUGGAAACACGCACAUGCUUCCAGAGAAUAAACCAUGGAUAUAUUUCGAAGCACUGGCGAAGAAGUUCGACAGCCCAGUCAUAACCUUCUGGAUAGGCCGCAAUCCAACAAUCUGGAUCAAUGAUGCUUGGGCAGCCUCGGAACUUUUGGACAAGAAAGCCGCACUCUAUGCUUCACGACCAAAGAUGCUUGUCUUUGCCGAGCUCAGCGGUGUUGGCCAGUACAAUCUAGUGAACAUGCGCUAUGGCGACCGCUGGCGAGUGCACCGAAAGCUGACACAUCAAGGUGUUGGCUUGCAGCAAGUACGCAAGUAUCGCGGCUUCCAGAAUAACGAAAGCCAGGUUAUGGCGUAUGAUAUACUGCACGAUCCGAAGCGUUUCGUAACCCACAUGGAGCGAUAUGCCACUUCAGUGGUGUCGAUCAUUGGAUUCGGCAGACGUGUGGCCAGUAUCUCCGACCCGCUCAUAACGCAAGUACUCGCAAUCAUGCAGCGAGCGGCCGAACUCAAUGUCCCUGGCAAGAGUUUUCCAAUGAUCAUGGAGACUUUCCCAUGGCUGGCGAAGUUCCCAAGAUGCAUCGCGCCUUGGCUCAAGCCUUUCGGAAAAGGUGGUCGCGGCAGCGCAUUCUACUAUGCGUUGGCUGAUGAAGCCAACAGAACGUCGCAUCAAGAGCCCUGUUAUGUCAAGCAACUAUUCAAAGAGGCUCCCAAGUACGACCUCAAUGCGACUGAAAUCGCAUCGCUUACUGGAAAUCUGUUCGGAGCAGGAAGUGACACAUCAAGCUCAACACUGGUCACUUUCGCCUUAGCGUGUUGCGCCUUUCCCGAAACACUUCCUGCUGCUUGGGAAGAACUUGAUCGUGUGGUAGGCCCUGACCGUAGCCCAAGUUGGGAAGACGAGCCGCACCUGCCAUACGUAAAAGCCUUUGUGAAGGAAGUGUUCAGGUGGAGAUCUGUGGCCAUAAUCGGAGGCCAGCCUCAUUCGCCGACCGAAGACGACCAAUGGAACGGAUAUCUCAUCCCGAAGAAUUCCUGGGUACAAGGAAAUACUUGGGCAAUCCAUCACAAUGAGAGAGAGUUUCCAGAGCCAGAUAGAUUCAAUCCUGGGCGUUUCCUCAGCGAUGGCUCGGACUCGCGCCCUUUCCCCAACGACAAGGGGUAUAUGACCUUUGGUUGGGGCAGGCGAGUGUGCAGUGGUCAAGGCCUUGCUGAGCAGGGAACUUUCAUCAGUAUCGCUCGUCUACUCUGGGCGUUCCGGAUCCAAAAGGCAAAAGACGAAACCGGACAAGACAUCCCCGUCGACAUCUUUGCUUACACAAACGGAUUGAAUAUGCGUCCAGAGCCGUUCAACUGCUCAAUCACACCUCGGUCGGAAACAAUUAGGGAGACGAUUGUAGCGGAGGGCAAACAUGCGUUGGCCGAGUUGUCAGUCUACGAUGGCGAGACAAAAUAUACACUGAGUCAGUUCUUCGAGAAACCCAACGUGGGUUAAUAUGUUUCGUAAAUAGCUCAUGUAGUAGAGUAGAGUGGGAGGUAUUUUCCAGAUCCGAUAGAUUAUGCGUCGAGGAUCUUGAGCAUUUCUUGGACCGAGUGGCACUUUUCUCUUUCCUUGCCUUUGGCUUGUCCUCUUCUCUUCUCCUCUUUGUCAAUCUUCAGCCAGUCUUCCCAGCCAAUGCUUC